UCGUCGUCAUGAACUUGACAAAUUAGCAAAGUCAAAUAUUUCUACACGUAUUUUUGGGGCUUUCGUCGGCGCGCGGCACAGCCAUUAUCCCCCUCAGAAUCACGCUCCCAAUAUAAUUUCAAUAACUGUUAGAAUGGGAUAUGUUAUUUAAGAGUGUUUCGCCCACGUUUGUAGCAAACAAGACGGCGAAAAGAUGGAUGAGGAUCCGCUAGGUGGAGCGCCGCGUCCCGCCCUUCACGAAUGGAACAUUGUGCCGUCGAAACCAAAACGCGCGCCCUUUCAUGCCCCGCAAGCAGCGCGACUAUCAAAACAAAAACGCUUAGGCCCCGCGCCAGUAACGUGGACCAUCGAGGAUAUUGCCAAUGCUGGCCGACUGCUUCAAGAACCGCCUUUACCAGUUAAUUUUCGAGAUGAACAAGAAAUGCGAAGAGUCUACACGUUGAUUUACGAUGUUUUCCGAUAUAAAAAUAUUCUAAAUCAAUCAUUGGCGGAUGUGACAUUUUUUAUAGAACAUCCAAACAUGGCGCCUCUAAUAUCACGAGUUUGGCUCCUGCUAUAUGAUUUAUACCAUCGUAGUUUUAAAAAACGUACAACAGCAAAUAUUGCACUGGCUGCAGCGUUGUUCCCACGCGCUGGUCUCGCAACCGUCGAAGAAACUUUAUGGGAAGACCGUGUAAAACUGGCUGCCGCAAUUGCACGCAUACGAAUUAAAAACAAAGCUUUACAGCUAUCAGAGUUGCUUCCAAAUCAUCUACGAGACGAAAAAAGUGGACGUCGUGUAGAUACACCAGUAACUUGUUGGGUGAAUACGAAAAAAGUCAAAUCGGCUGAAGAAUUAACUGCAUCAAUCACAAAAACACUCAAUCUGCAACUGGUGGAUGAAUCAACACCGCUUACGGAUGAAUGCUUUAAAUGGGACCCGCACUGCCCACAAUUUGUAAUAUUUCAUCCAUCAUUAAGAAACAAAUUGGUACAAAGUGUGCUGGUACGAAAGAAUAAACUAAUAAUCCAAGAUAAAUCAUUCUGCCUUGGACCUGCAACUUUCGUCAAAAUAAUCUCUGAUCUUCAAUUGACGGGAUCCGUAAUACAAUCUCAUGUAAACUCACCCAGAACCACAGCGUAUCUUGCGUCCAUCUUGGGACAAAAUGAUAACAUUAAAAGACUAUUAGCAUUUAGUGCCGGAAACAGGAAAACUGAAUAUGAAGACUAUUUUAACGACCUGGGAAUAAAAAAUAUUUUGAUAUUCUCUGAGAAAAUGAUUGAUUUCCCACCUGAUUCAAACAACUUCCAUGAAGUAAUUGCAGUUUUCGCUACACCACCAAAUAGUUAUUCAGCUGUGACGGACCCAAUUGAUUUAGUAUGUUCAAGAGGAGGAGAUUUAGCUAUGUUGGAAGUACUCACCGAAACAGAAGACACGCCUGAAGGACGCAAAAGAGUUGCGAAUAUUUUAGACGAACAGAAACAAACGCUGAAAUUUGCAAUGUCCCGACCACAAAUACAAUUUGUCUUAUACGAAACCCAUUCGGAGAUUGACGCGGAAAACAGGCAAAUGGUACAGCGGACUGUGAAAGAAAUAAAUAAAUACGCGCAGAUACAUCAUGCGGUUAUGCAGGGAAAAUUCAAAGGCCUACAACCAACUAAGGAAUCGCAAGAAGAUGGCGUUGAAGAUUAUUUAAUGACUGUGGCAAGUCAACAAGCUCUGGAUGAAAAACGUGUGAAAGCUUUAAAAGAUACUAUAGUACCCGACUGUGAUCUUUUCGACAUGUCUCGUCUCCCGGACUUGUGUGCAAACGGCGAUGAUUGUUUAAAACUAAGCGAAAAAGGCUGUUACCUAGCGUUAGUACAACGCAAGCAAGUAAUACGCAUGGAUAACAAAUACAUGAUCCAAAUGGCUGAGAAUCGUGGAGUGUUCGGUGCGGAUCCGAAUAGCCCGAGGAAGCCUAAACCCGUACAGCGCAAGCGCGUGGAUGAUUCAGCCAAUCAAGUCAAAGCAAAGCGAAGAUUUAAAGAAUUUGAGGUUGAACGAUUGAUAACUCCGACGAAAGCAUCAAUGUGUCACUCGAAAAUAGCAACUCCGGUGCCGUGUGAAAAAUCAUCGACUCAAGCGGGGCCGGCAAACGCGAAGGUGUCGCAACCGCGUCGCUGGUGGGCCGAAACGACGCGUCACAUUACCAAUCUGCGCAUGAGCGUCUCCAAGCAGAAGUUGCCCGUGCACACUCUCGCAAAAGGCGACGAUAACGCACCAAAUAUCGUCGCUAAUAAUAAUAACAACACAAUACCCAACAGUAAAUCAACUACAACAACAGAUAAACAACUAAAGCACGAGGAUCACGUGCAGAAAUUCGUUAAUCGACUGCUUGUUAAAGGCGGUAAAGUGGACGAGGUUGCAGCGCGUAGUCGCCGCAACCCGCAUACCAUUCCCGUGCAUCCGAAACUGCGACUUUCGAGACUUGAUAAAUGCGAGGCGAAAGUACCCGUACCGGUGGCGGUAACAUUGGUUACGUUUCCGCCAGCGCGUUAUUGGUAACACAAUAAAUUGUUAAUCGACAGGGAUAUUUGACACAUUUAAGACUUUUCAUAGUUGCCAAAUUUCAAAGCGACCAUUUUGUGAUUUGUGCCAAUAUAGUUUUCUAUAAAUUACAUAAUUAUUUUGUAUCUUGUUAUCAUUUACACUUACACAUUAUUCAAAAAUAUACAAAAUUUAAAUAAAAAUAAUAACGCAGCGUUGACGCCCCGAAGCGACAGUUCCUUUGCAAAUCAUCGAAAAUGGCAGCUCGCGGUAAAGAAAACCGGGGUGAAAUGUUUGCGUCCCCAACCAAACCAAUUAAAACAGCCGUACAAAUGACUAUUGUUAACUUGCCGAGACAAAUGUGGCUUCGAUCAAGUAGUGGUAGAAUAAUAAAAUGAUAUUUUACCCUAUAAA